AGUUCCACUCCCUAAAGGAGAAAAUGGCCACUCCUACCUCCUGGGCACAGGAGGUCAUCACCUGUGACCUUUGUCCUAAGCCUACUCAGCAGUUCUGUAAUAACUGUCAAGUGAGUUUAUGUGUGGACUGUGUCAGUAAACAUGUAGACAAGUUCAAGUCUCAAACACAUGACAUUGUUCAUUUCACGAACAGGAAGAUACAGCCAGUGUUUCCUGAGUGUACAAUUCACUCCAAUCAGAGAUGUGAGGCCCACUGCAGACAAUGUGAUGUACACGUAUGUCUGAAAUGCAUUCUUAGUUCCCAUAGUGGGCACAAUAUUGUGGAAAUACAAGAGAUUUUCAAAGAAAAGAAAAAGGAAAUCGUAAAAGAAAAUCAAGAAAUUGAAUCCACCAUUAUUCCUAAUUACAAGAAGAAAAUGAACGACAUAGGGAUCAAAAUAUCCACAACAACAGCCAAAUUUGAUGAACUGGAAAAAGAAACAGAAAAACAUAGAAAACUAUGGCACCAAGAAGUAGAUAACAUUUUCAAUAAACUGGACUCCUUAAUCAAGUCCAUGAAAGAAAAUUAUCUCACUCCUUUAAAAUCUCACCAAUCCAAAUUGAAAAAUCUUAUUCCAGAUAUGAUCCAAACUGUUGAACAAAACAAAGAAAUUCUGAAGACAAACAGAGUGUCUGAAGUCAACAACUACAAAUCUAAACUGAAGGAAUACAGAGAUAUACCUGCUGAUAUUGAUGUUAAAAUUCCUUCACUGAAUGCAAAAACAGUCAAAGGCAGAGAACUUGACAUAGAAUUGGGCGAAUACAAGGCUACAUUAACACAGAAAACAUCAUCCAGUCUGACAGAUGAAGUCUCCCAUUUAACUGUAAGAGAGUUAUUAAAAAAAGCCAAAGUGAUUACAACCAUUCUUACUGGAGUUAAACCUCUAUGGAGAGUGGCCUGUGUAAGGACAGAUGAAGCUUGGGUUGGUGGUACAGACAAAGUCAUAAGGCGUGUUGAUAAACAAGGGUCUGUACAGGAAUCUGUCAUCACUAGAUGUCUAAGCAGUCCUAGCGACAUCUCUGUGACAGUAGAAGGAGAACUUGUAUACAGUGAUUCUUUGUAUAAAACUGUUUAUAUUGUCAGACAGGGAAGGACAGAGGUAAUGAUCACCACACCACGGGGCUGGACACCAUACAGACUGUGCUGUACCAGAUCUGGGGACAUACUGGUCAGUAUGUCUAAUGAACAAGAAAAUAAAAUAAUUCGUUAUCAGGGAGCGAUAAUAAAACAAGAAAUACAUAAAGAUGAACAUAGAAAUCUAAUCUUUAAAGAAGGACUAUAUUCACUAUAUAUGACAGAGAACAACAAUGGAGACAUCUGUGUCUCUGAUCGUAAUGCUAAGAUUGUUGUUGUGGUGGACAAGACAGGGAGAAUCCGAUUCCAAUACGACGGUACAGCAGCCAGGAGAGAAAAGCCAUUUAGUCCUGGACGUAUAGUGACAGACUCUUUGAGUCAGAUCAUUGUGACAGAUUAUAACAAUGACUGUCUACACAUCCUAGACCAGAAUGGACAGCUCCUGAGAUGUGUGGACAAUUUUGGACUAGAUAAGCCUAGUGGAUUGAGUGUGGACAUUGCAGGAAGGCUGUGGGUAGGAUUAUUUGAUUCAGGAGAAGUGAAAGUGAUCCAGUACAUGAAAUAAAAAAUAGACUGUGAUCUUGUAAUUAUC